AUGGGCGGCAACAACACGGACCCCUCCACCUCUGCCCCGUCGCUCUGCCGCGUGGAGCGGAAAUGGCCGCACUCGCUGACGACCACGCGGUGGACGGCCCCCACGAAUGUGACGAGGAGCGCCUUGUCCGCCUCCGCCUCCGAGAAGGACUUUGACGAGGGCGGCUCGGGGGUGUACUCCCCGAAGCCCCACGGAGUAGACAGCAAGCCGCCGCCUGCUCACAGCUGCAGCCGUGAAGACCGUCAAGUCACGGGCAGCGCCGUCGCGGAGGAGGGCCGGGCCGCCAAGGAAGGCCAUCGGCGGAACGCCUGCCCACGCCCAGGGCCCCCUGCCGCUCACCUUGAGGACGGCUGGGUGGGAGGCGUGCCCCGGGUCUGCCCAGCCUUGCGCGCGACGCGCGGCUGCCUGCGGGUCG